AUGCCUCGCCUCAAGCGAACUCGGGAUGAGGCCGAGCUGGAUCUACCAGAGGAACCACAGAUUGCACCGGAGCUACGGGAAAGGCUGAAUGCUUUGCGGAGUCAAUGGGAGUUUGCAAGUCUAAUGCAAUACAUUCAACUCUUUGGAAGUGUCGUCAAAAUUGACGACAACUUCGAGAUUGAGGACCUCGAAGUCGAGUGCUUGCGGCCGACGCCAUCAGAUACGUUACCGAACAUUGGGUUGGCUCUCCUCAAAUAUGUCUCCUCACACCGAGGUCUCACCCUUGAUCUCUUCGAUGAAUACACGCGCAGACAGUAUCAGGCGAAAGCGCCGGAGCGAAAUCCUUUCGGCGACGAAGAAGAGCCUCGCAAGUUCAACGACCUCGACGUCUUCACCAGAAUCCGCGUACUGCAUCAGCUAAGUACCUGGACCUUUUUCAACGCCGAUCGCAUUCGAGGCAUGAUGCCAGAAACCGAGGACAAUCUUGAAUGGCGAAUGGAGCCUCUUGGCUGGGACAAAGAGGAUCGGGCGUAUUAUGUGCUCGAUGACAACCGUCUCUACCGGCGUGCCGAUGAACCCGUACCACCACCCGCACCAAAGCUCGCAGCAAAAAAGAAGGCCAAGGGUAAGAGCAAGGCCAAAGCCAAAGCCAAAACUCCUCAAAAGCCAGCAAGUCGCGGAACGCGCGCCAGCAAACGGAUAAAGCUUGCGGAAGAGGAAGAAGAGGAGGAGGAAGAGGAACUUGAUGCGUCGGAACUUGUGGCGAAUGACGAGGAAGAUACCUGGGAGUGCAUCGCAGUCACAUUGGAGGAUUAUCAGGAAUUCUUGUCAACCAUCUUUCGAUCCCGGGAUCCCAACGAGAAGCAGUUAAAGACUAGGAUUGAGGAAGACGUAUUGCCCAUCAUCGAGAAACGCGCCGAGUCUAUUCGCCAGAAGAAGCUGAAGAAGCUACGAGAGUUGGAGAAUCUACAAAAGAUGGCUACGGCGAAGCGCUCGGGUCGUCUGGCUGACAAGGCUGAGAAGGAGAAACAAGAAAGGGAUGAGCGAGAGGCCGAAGAGAGGCGACGGGCUGAGCUCAAAAUGGCAUUGGCGGAGCAAGAGCGGCAGAGGAAGAUUGAGGAGGGCCACGAGUCAAGACGACUUACACGAGAGCAACGAGUCCGAGAGCGUGAAACGAAACGAAUACUCCACGAAGAGGAAUUACUCAAACUCGAAGCUGAAUCGCAGCGAGCUGAAUCCCAGGAUCCUAAUAGCAAUGGUUCCGAUACCAAGCGAAUGUCUGAACGACACCUCAAGACGCAAAAGGAGCAGCACCAGAAAGAGUUGGAAAGGCUGGCCGCUGAAGACGAUGGGGUAUGGUACUUUGACUGUUCGGUGUGCGGACUACACGGUGACAAUCUAGAUGAUGGCACACACAGUGUCGCGUGCGAUCGAUGCAGUGUGUGGCAGCACAGCAAGUGCCAUGGAUUCACUCCGAAGCAGGCUGAACGAGAAGGCUUCGUCUUCGUUUGUGCUACAUGCAAGCGGAAGGAGGAAGACGCCAAAAAGCCGAAAAUACCUUCACUAAAGCUUGGCAAGCGAGAGAGC